UUUUGACAAACAAAAAUGGCGACGCAUUUGUACCUCUGUAAGACAAUUUUGUAAUUUUUUUGAUUUUUCCAUAGGAAAUACAUAAAAUUAAGUCAUUAUUUGAGUUCGAAUUUGUGCAGUUUAAGUGGAACUUUAAUUAGUGAAAUUUUUCUAGCUCAAAGCUAGUUUUUUGAGCUUUUUUCAAGGCAUCAGAUAAUUAAGAACUUCACAUCAUAAUGGAAGCCCAAGAAGACAACUCGAUUACAGUAGUAAUGGAGCCCUAUUCCGAUGCCAAUUUAAACGAAAAAGAAUUGAGUACCCAAUAUAUCUACACUACCGAAGGCGAGCUUAUACCCGCAGUAGAAGAUUUAAAUGCCCAGCACUUUAAUACACAAAGUCUACACAUUGAAUAUCAGUACGAACAACAGGAAAUAGUACCCGAGUCAAUAAUUCAAGCCCAGGCGGACGACUUUGUACUGCAAGAGGCUCAAACUUCCUCAACUGAAACUGGGCAAGUGAUUGUUGAGGAAUUGGCUGGUGAUGAGAAAGCAACAGAGGCUAAAUCCUCUGCUGAAGAAAUCACAGAAAAUGUCACUCAGGAAAAUACAGACUCUGGAAACGAGCUGAUUAUAGAAGAGCAGCUGGAAAAUAAUGAAGAUCCAAAAAUCAAAGAAGCUUCAUCAGGUCUUAAUAACAUCGAAAUUGUUUUCGAAAAUGAACCUACUACUACUGAGUCCCUUGAAGCCAUUGAGGGAGAGCUUCGUGCUCCGAAACAAACAGUAGAAGUAGCAGAAGUUGUAGAUGGAUCAAAAGAAGAAUCUUUGGUAAUUGCAGAAGAAACUGCCACCCAAGUUGCUGUAAAAGUUGAAAAACAGGUAAAACCAAAAGGCCGCAAAACAACGCCCAUAGUCCCUCUACACAUAAUGGGUCACGACGUGGACAAUCACAGCAGCAACGUUGUAAAUGGCAAAUCGCCUAAACCUAGGCCCGGGGUCAAAGUACCAUACAGAAACCUCACAAGCCAAAUAGUUUCAAAGGAGGAACUUGAAAACGUGAUUAUUGAAAGGGGCAGGAAAAAGCAAGAGGAAAGGCAAGAGCAAAAGUUUUCACGCAAACUCACUUCGAAUCUUGCUUCAAAAAUUGGCCCAGAAUCUACUCCAAAAAAGACCAAAGCUAAAGAUACAAAUGGCAACCAAAAAAUCGACAAUGACAUGGACUUAUUAGCCAUUUUAGAAGGUGAGGGCGACGCCGCAGAAGAAAUGCCCGAGUUCAGCGGCAAGGCUAACAAGGAAACCACCCCCACUGACGAGACGAAUUUGAAAAACUUAGAGAGAGAAAUCGCCUUGCAACAGUUGCACGAUUUGCCUAACUUGGUACCCACCCCGAAAACUAGAUUUUUAAAAACCCACAAGUUUAAGCAACCGACAACAAGCGCUACUACUACUACUUCGAUUAAUUUGCCUGUGAAAAGCCCUAUCAAAAGCAAUCAGGCACAUGUUAAGGUUAAUACAGCCCUUAAAACUUACUCAAGAAAAAGGAAGUCAUCUGACGCAGAAACUACUUUGUCCCCCAAGAAAACCAUUGUUAGUAGCUCUGCAGAAAGUGAAGAAGAAGAAUUUCCUAUUAAAUCCCCUGUUGCCACCUACGUCACUAAAAGCUCAAGAGUGAUUAAGAAAAAGGUUAUUUGGGAUCCAGACGAGACUCCAAUCAAAAUCAAACCUUCACCCAAGCCCGAAACAAAAACGCCCACUUUGAAAACCUAUUCCAAAGAACAAAAAAUCGCUCAUCCAAAAAACGAGAGUAAGUCAGCUGAUUUGCCAAAAAAGUCAGCUGACAAGUUGGCUGUUGUUGAAAAGAAGCCUACUCCAAAGAAAAUUGUCCAGGAAAAACGUGCCAGUCCAAAAUUGGCAACGCCCAAACCAAAAAAAUCCAGAAGUGAAGUCGACAAAUUACUGGGUGAUGAAGGAGCCAUCAAAAUGCUGUACGAAUUGCAAAAUUCCGACACGAAACCUUUGUCAGCCAAAAAGACUUUCAAAGAUGUACGCAAAAAGUUUGGCCAAAUCAAACUUGAAGUAGUUAAUUCCACAAUGGAAAAAACAAAAAAUUUACGCAAAAAAGAAACUGUUUCGCCUCAGAAACCAUCCCCAGGCGGAAUAAGCAGGCAAAAGUCAAAGGACUCGGGCAGGAGCACACCCCCAAUGUCUCCAACCUUCAGCUACUCCAAUGAGACUUCAUAUUUGAUCAGGAGAAGGUCUAGCGAUUCGAUUUGGAGCUCAGACGAUCUUGAGUUGGAUGAUACAGAAGAUUCUUCUGAAUCUGAAUGGGAUGAGUCGGAUUAUGUUGAGAGGCUGUCAAAAAAGAAACCCGUGGCCACAAUCAAGGACCCCUUGGAAAUAAAAAAACCAAUAAAACAAGAAAAAUCCCAAAAAAGGGCUGAAAGCAAAUUGGGCAUUUACAACAACAUAACUCUUAAAAAGACUAACGGAUCUCUUACAAUAACUCUUUACAAGGACGAUGAUAAAACUUAUUUUACUUUAGAGCUAUUAAAAGAACUAACAGCAGCCUUGAUAAAAAUAUCAAACGCCAAAGACUACAACGUCGUUUUGAUAAAAUCCAGCAAUCCAGCAAUAUUCAGCAAAGGCCUGGACUACACCGAACUAAUAUCGAAAAAACCCAAAGCCAUCCAGCAAGCAGCUGCACAAGUGCAAAGUUUCCUACAAUGCCUGUUAGAUUUUCCCAAAAUCCUUAUAGCUGGAAUCCAAGGCGAGUGCGUAGGUCUAGCAGUCACAAUGCUGCCUUUAUUUGACAUAGUUAUUGCCAGUGACGAGGCUAUAUUCAGUUUGCCCCAUUGUAAAUUGGGCUGCCCUGCCGAAGGCGGGUUUUUGUUAGGGGUGCCUUACAUGGCCACCAACGGAUUGGUGGGCGACUUGCUGUAUGCUUCACAAAAAUUGACUGCUGAUGAGGUGUACAGGAGAGGGCUGAUUUCAAAGCUGUGCUGGCCUGAAAAGUAUCAGGAUACUAUCAAGAGUACGGUGAAUGCAAUUGGGCAAGGUUCAAGACAGGGAUUGGAAGCCAACAAAAGCCAAGUACGUAAUGCUAUCAGAGUCGAUUGCCAAGAAGGACUGGAUUCCCUAUCAGAAGAGCUCAUAGAGCUUUGGAACAGCAAAGAAUGCCAGAGCAGUUUUGCCAAGAUCGAAUAAAAAUUCAAAGUUUCAAAAAGGAAAAUAUUUUUUUACACGAUAGGAAAAUUGCAUGAAUGAUAAGUUUAGGAGAAUGUUUUUUUUUUGUUUUCUAUAUUUAUAAGGGAAGUCAACACUAUAAUGUUGUAGUAAUAAUUUUAGUUUCACAUUCAAUGGGUAGUUUUUACUUUACAGCCUGUGCAAUGUUUAAAUUGAAUUGUGAAGAUACUUUUUUGGGCCACUGUGUAUCAUAUACAUACUGAAGCCCUUUUAAAAAUUAUUUUGUAUUGGACUUUAUAUUAUAAUUUUGUUUGUUGUACUUUUUUUGUAUCUAAUGACUUUCUUAGUUUUGUUAAUUUUUUUUGACUUCUUAUGCUUUGUCCUUUAUAAUAUAUUUAUCCAUAGUUUUUAUAUAUUGAUUAUAUUAGAGUUUUUUUGUUUGUUUUAACUUUGUACCUAUACUAUAUAUAUUAUGUAACUGUUUCUGUUCCAUUUGUUUCUGAUCCUUUUUUUUUUUGGUUUUUUUUUUUUUAUUGGAACGGAAAACGCACUACUUGAAGAAUUCUAUUAAAU